CAGAGCGAGUCAGGUUCACUGAUUUUACCGGAUGCUCGACAGUAGUGGUGCUAUUUUAGAACAGUCGUCGUCACGGAUUACGUUAGGAUGGUGGAUUCCUGGCUUUUACUGUGUCUUUUACUAGUCCCGUACACAGCUCAAGCUGUCUGUAAUACCAGUUGGGACACACUGAACGAGCGGAUUGCCCAGCAGUCGUACAGCUUCUACAACCCGCCAUGGUCUGCAACAGGCCAAAGCAUAGAUGUCAGUCUCAAAGUCGGAAUUUCACAAGUGAAAAGUAUAGGUGUGUCCGAUAUUAUGUUAACUAUCCACCUUCUACAAAUGUGGGAUGACUCUCGGUUGUGUUUUAAUGAGUCAUCAUUACCCUCGGGACAGGCCACGGCAGCCUUGACCUAUCGAAACCAUGGAUUUUUGUGGAGCCCGGAUGUGUAUCCAGAGGGCGCUGUGUCGUCAACACAGCAUGACAUCGUUCUACCUAAUGUUUUUGUGAGGAUUCAACCUAACGGAACGGUUCUCAAAAGUAACAGAUUAACUGUCCAGAUUCAAUGUCCGACGUCUGACUCCAAGUUUCCACAUGGCAACCAACGCUGUGAUGUACGAUUCAAAAGCUAUUCCUUCACGAAGGACGAAGUAUCUCUGAGCUGGCUAGAUGAGGGUUACACAAAGCUGGAAGAAUUUUCAUCGAACGUCAAGGUAGAAGAGAUUACGAUCGACACAUGUGCACACACUUUGUUUUUAGAUGAACAGCCUUGUAUUGAGCUGAGUUUGUUCCUGGCGAAAAAUUUUGAUGUAUACCUGAUCCGCAUCUACCUGCCGAGUGCCAUUGUUGUGUUUUUGUCCUGGAUAAGUCUUUGGAUAGAUGUCCGCCAGGUGCCAGCACGUACGGGGCUAUGCGUCGUGUGUGUGCUCUCGCUGAUGACGCAGACCGUUGGUUUGAUGGUAGUAUCGGAUGAUAACGGGGACGUUUUGGCGGUGGACGCCUGGAUGCUGGUCUGUCUUUUGUACACAGUCUGGGCCCUAAUGACGUUUAUUGUAGCACAUUACCAAGACAGUGUCAUUCAGAGGCGAGCACAGAAAGUCGCUAAACUGAAUGUAAGAUAUCAUCAGGUGGAAGAGGAGAGGACCAAUUCUAAAGAAAAGCCUUGUUCCAGAAUAGUUUGCAGGAAAAUGGAACUCUUUGUAAAAUUUGUGUAUCCGAUAUCAUUCUUCGUAUUCAACAUUAUAUAUUGGGCGUAUUUCCUGACAAAUUGACGUCUACUCAUAUACUUGUAUUUCUAUGGUGUUACACAAUGAAACCAUGCGACUCGGGAUCAUUGAUGUCUUCUGACAUGCUUACCGCCUUGCACAUAUUUAACAAGAAAUACACUUGCCAUAAUCUUACGGGAACGCCAGAAAGACACGGGCUAUAAUCAUACCGUUAUUUGUCAGAAAGACACGGGCUAUAAUCAUACCGGUAUUUGUCAGAAAGACACGGGCUAUAAUCAUACCGGUAUUUGUCAGAAAGACACGGGCUAUAAUCAUACCGGUAUUUGUCAGAAAGACACGGGCUAGAUACCUACUUUAAUCAUAUGGGAAGGAAGGCGUCAGAAAGACGGGCCAAACUCACACGGGAAGGUGUCAGUAAGACACGGGCCAUACUCACACGGGAAGGUGUCAGUAAGACAUGGGCUAUAAUCACACGGGAAGGUGUCAGUACGACACGGGCUAUAAUUAUACGGGAAGGUGUCAGUAAGACACGGGCUAUAAUCACACGGGAAGGUGUCAGUAAGACACGGUCUAUAAUUAUACGGGAAGGUGUCAGUAAGACAUGGGCUAUAAUCACACGGGAAGGUGUCAGUAAGACACGGUCUAUAAUUAUACGGGAAUGUGUCAGUAAGACACGGGCUAUAAUUAUACGGGAAGGUGUCAGUAAGACACGGGCUAUAAUCACACGGGAAGGUGUCAGUAAGACAUGGGCUAUAAUCACACGGGAAGGUGUCAGUAAGACAUGGGCUAUAAUCACACGGGAAGGUGUCAGUACGACGUACACGGGCUAUAAUUAAACGGGAAGGCGUCAGUAAGACACGGUCUAUAAUUAUACGGGAAUGUGUCAGUAAGACACGGGCUAUAAUUAUACGGGAAGGUGUCAGUAAGACACGGGCUAUAAUUAUACGGGAAUGUGUCAGUUAGACACGGGCUAUAAUUAUACGGGAAGGUGUCAGUAAGAUACGGUCUAUAAUUAUACGGGAAGGUGUCAGUAAGACCCGGGCUAUAAUUAUACGGGAAGGUGUCAGUAAGACACGGUCUAUAAUUAUACGGGAAGGUGUCAGUAAGACACAGUCUAUAAUUAUACGGGAAGGUGUCAGUAAGACACCGGCUAUAAUUAUAAUGGAAGGUGUCAGUAAGACACGGUCUAUAAUUAUACGGGAAGGUGUCAGUAAGACACGGUCUAUAAUUAUACGGGAAGGUGUCAGUAAGACACGGUCUAUAAUUAUACGGGAAGGUGUCAGUUAGACACGGGCCAUACUCACACGGGAAGGUGUCAGUAAGACACGGGCUAUAAUUAUACGGGAAGGUGUCAGUAAGGUACGGUCUAUAAUUAUAUGGGAAGGUGUCAGUAAGACACGGAAUUUAAUCAUAAGGGAAGGUGUCAGUAAGACACGGGCUAUAAUUAUACGGGAAGGUGUCAGUAAGACACGGUCUAUAAUUAUACGGGAAGGUGUCAGUAAGACAAGGGCUAUAAUGACAUGGGAAGGUGUCAGUAAGACACGGGCUAUAAUGAUAUGGAUAGGUGUCGGAAAGACGUGCAACUAGUAACAUUAUACAACACAAUGCUAUUUGCUUUUGUAGAAUAAGAAAAUGAUGGAUAUCCUCGAAUCCAAAUUCAGUUGUAAAAUGCAUUUCUUCGCAUACACGUGAACAUUGAAAAAGCUACAGUAAACAUGCGUUGAUAUUCGUGUUUUGAGUUGUUGAUUGAAGACAGUAGAGGAAAGGCCAUAUUUAUUUUUCAUCAAACAGCAGUACACAAUCUUUAAAAAAUUACAAACAAAAAGACAUUAACGGUAUAGUCUUUUAAAUCAAUUUGUGUUCCUGCUUUUCAGAAGUGAUACUCUUUUUGGUUAACUUGUUUGAUACCACUGACAUCGAGAUAAAGAGAUUUGAGUGUAGAUCAUAUUCAAUACAGCCGUGUUCUGAUUUUUUGUUGAUUAAAAAUUAUGGUAAAUGUUGACCAUCAAUACAUAUAAGUAUGAAAUAUAUCAAAAUAAUUCUUCCAUUUAUGAAAUGUAAUGAAAUUCCGUCCAUGAAUGAAUGAAAUUGUUCAAUGUCUUAUAUACGUAAUGAUAUGGAAUAACGGUACUAUAUGGUUCAGACACACUGUAUGCUUCAGACACACUGUAUGCUUCAGGCACACUGUAUAAUUCAGACACACUGUAUGGUUCAGACACACUGUAUGGUUCAGGCACACUGUAUAAUUCAGUCACACUGUAUGGUUCAGACACACUGUAUAAUUCAGACACACUGUAUAGUUCAGACACACUGUAUAAUUCAGACACACUGUAUGAUUCAGACACACUGUAUGGUUCAGACACUCUGUAUAAUUCAGACACAUUGUAUGGUUCAGACACACUGUAUGGUUCAGACACACUGUAUAAUUCAGACACACUGUAUGGUUCAGACACACAGUAUAAUUCAGACACACUGUAUGGUUCAGACACACUGUAUAAUUCAGACACACUGUAUAAUUCAGACACACUGUAUAAUUCAGACACACUGUAUAAUUCAGACACACUGUAUAAUUCAGACACACUGUAUGGUUCAGACACACUGUAUAAUUCAGAUACAUUGUAUAAUUCAGACACACUGUAUAAUUCAGACACACGGUAUGGUUCAAACACAGUGUAUGGUUCAGACACACUGUAUAAUUCAGACACACUGUAUAAUUCAGACACACUGUAUAAUUCAGACACAUUGUAUGGUUCAGACACACUGUAUAAUUCAGACACAUUGUAUGGUUCAGACACACUGUAUAAUUCAGACACACUGUAUAAUUCAGACACUGUAUGGUUCAGACACACUGUAUAAUUCAGACACACUAUAUGGUUCAGACACACUGUAUGGUUCAGACACACUAUAUGGUUCAGACACACUGUAUAAUUCAGACACACUGUAUAAUUCAGACACACUGUAUGAUUCAGACACACUGUAUAAUUCAGACACACUGUAUGAUUCAGACACACUGUAUUGUUUUAGACACACAGAAUAAUUCAGACACACUGUAUGGUUCAGACACACUGUAUAAUUCAGACACACUUACUACAACUGAAAAACGAUUAUAUAACACCAUGACAUAUAUAGUUAGUAAAUGGCAUCAACUACUGCGAUGCUGAUUAUAACAUCAACAUUGCCUUUAUAAAGAAUAUUCAAAAGAAAGUUUGUACUGAUUUAUACUAAGAAAGCAUAAUGAUGUCACUUCUAUCGUUAGUACUUUGAUCACCUAAAUUAAUGUGAUUUUAAGAUAACGUAUCGAAUUAUUGAUUAUUUAUAGAAUAAAGACUUGCGUAAUUGGUUAAUUACAACAUAAAGAGUUAAUAUUAUACGAUCAUUAUCAACUCAAUCCUACCUAUGCGCUGGACACAAUAGAAAACGCUAAAGCAUCAGUAGGUAUACAAAAUCAAACAAGUAUUGACAUCUUACAUUUAGUGGGUUAAAGGUAAACAACACAAACAAUAUACGAUAAGCUUAACAUACAUUUUUCUUGUAUAUGUAACAAAUGAUCAGAGAACAUCUACAUUUGUAAUACACAAUGAAUUCGUCAUACGCUUGGGACAAACGAGUCAGAUUUACUGGUGUAUUGGGUGAUCGACAGUAGUGGCACUAUUUUAGGACAGUCAACAUCCCGACUAGGAUAUCAGAUUCACUGGUUUCACUGUGUCUUUUAAUGGUCCCGUACGCAGCUCAAGCUGUCUGUAAUACCAGGUAAGUCUACACAGCACCAAGGCUCGUAAAACAUACACAGAUGUUCCUAAUAAUUCACCUACCAUCAGAAAAUACAAAUAUAUGACAGACAUACUGGACAAGAAUAGAUAUCGUCUGCCUUAAUUGUAAAAUUAUGUUUGGCACUCAAACCCAACUCAACUAUCAUUUUGUGUAAAUAUCAGGACCAGCUGUAGUCGUCACGUGUUGUUUGCAGUCUUUAAAUACUCUGCUGACUCAUUGCCCUUGUAAGUUUGGAUAUAAAAGUAUUGAAUUAUUUAA